CAAACGUCGUCGCAAGCGGGUCGUACUCGAGACCGCUGCACAGUUUAUAUAAAAAAAAACAGGAAGGAAGAAUCUUUCUAUCUUCUGUAGACAGCAUUUCGUUUUUCGCAAAAGAGGUUCGUCGCUUAUCGUGCGAAGUCUUUCGAUAAUAUUGGAAAUCGGUGUUUACGGUGUUGUUUUGCGAUAGCCAAUUUUUCCUUUUGCUUCGACAAUCAAUCCAGUUCGAUGCAGUGACUACCGAGAGUGUGACAACAAGAGACCAGUAAGGCCACCGGUAAAAGAAAUGGUGACUGACUGACAGAUUUCAAGUGUUUUGCAUGAGCCGUCGGUGUGCGCAGCAUUCGUGCGUGAUGGAAGCAGCAGCACCGGCCGGUCGAACGAUCGACACAAAACAGCAAUGAAAACGUAGCCGCAAUCCGUACCUGUAGUUUAGUAGUUAUUUGUUCGCUUCAAGAGUCUAUGGUAGUGAUCGAAGAUCAUCCGCCCAGUGUUUUCGAGGUUUCCUUUUGCUUCGCCGUGCGUGACAGUUGGAGUGAUUUUGGUAGUGAUUUCGAUAGUAACAGUGAUUUCGUACGCAAGUGAGGUUGAGUUUGAGUUUCGCAUUGAGGAAGUGAAGGGUGCUUUACAGCGACAAAAGGGACAUUUUACAUAAGAAACAGGGGGAAAACAACAAAAUACGAACAUGGAAACGUGUGUGUUAAUACCGCAGGAGUUUGCACUGGCUGUGACGGGUGUGGGUGCCCGCAACUCCCGCGAACAGACGGCCACCGUGUGGUCGAACACGAGCAUCCCGCAAGGAACGCUGUGCUAUCCUUUCCAAGGCACGGUGCGCAUCGACAAUUUGGACGUUUACUCCACCAUCGAGGAGGAUGACAUUCGACACCGGUUUGGACUGUACGACGAGAUCACCAGCAUUAAUGGACGAACGGUACGCCACUGCAACUGGAUCCGGUUCCUGCGAGUGUCGGAAACGUACGGGCCGCAGGUGAACGUGGUCUGCGCCAAGGUGAAGGGUGAGCCGAUCUACGAGAUCGUGAAGCCGAUCCCGUCGCACCAGGAGCUGGUCGUCUACUACCUGCCCGAGGGCCCGGAGGAGCUCUUCUUCAUCCGGAUGCGCAGUCAGCUGUACCGCCAAACGAUGGACUCGAUCCUCGAAGACUCACCGCUGGACCUUUCGACGUCGCUCCUGUCGCGGGUGAUGCUACCGAUCUCACCGUCCUCGGGCGCCGAAGAUGAGCACAAGUCGGUGUCGGGCGACGACUCAUCGAUCUCGAUCUCGUCCGGAGCCAGCACGGGCGGCGGCGAUCGCUGCGAAGGUGCACUGGACCUGGAGCUGGCCGCCAUCUCGAGCGGACCCGGAUCGAGAGCUUCCCCCAAGGCGCGCCCCUCGGCACGGUCCGAGCGGGCCAUGCUACCGUGCGAGGUGUGCGGGAAGGCGUUCGAUCGGCCCAGCCUGCUGAAGCGCCAUAUGCGCACGCACACCGGCGAAAAGCCGCACGUGUGUGGCGUGUGCGGCAAGGGCUUCAGCACGUCCAGCUCGCUCAACACGCACGUCCGGAUACACUCCGGGGAGAAGCCGCACCAGUGUCAGGUGUGCGGCAAACGGUUCACCGCCAGCUCCAACCUCUACUACCACCGGAUGACGCACAUCAAGGACAAACCACACAAAUGCAGCCUCUGCUCCAAGUCCUUCCCGACGCCGGGUGAUCUCAAGUCGCACAUGUACGUCCACAACGGGUCCUGGCCGUUCAAGUGUCACAUCUGCUCCCGAGGCUUCUCCAAGCAAACGAACCUGAAGAAUCACCUCUUCCUGCACACAGGUGAUAAACCGCACGUUUGUGAAAUCUGCAACAAAUCGUUCGCGCUUGCCUGCAACCUGAAGGCACACAUGAAGACACACGAAGACACCGGCUCGAGCCACGAAGGGGAAUCGAACCGAAGCACCCACAGUCACAGCGAGGGCGAGGAAUCCAACUCGUCGCCGUCGUCCCUGCCGAGCAGCAAUGCGAGCACGUUCGAGAAGGCGGACGCCGAUCGGCUGGCCAACUUCUCCAAGCACCUCCUGUUCUCGAGCUACACCAAACAGAUGCUGUCCGGCGUUGGCUGAUAGAGUGCCCAGUACGCGUGUGUGAGUGUGUGAACGUGCGUCGGGACAUUCCGUCCAAUUGAUCGGCUGGCCCGAAUGGCGCAACGGGAGCACACUCACAAAACUCCACAAAACUCUCACUCACUGCUAAAA